AUGGAUCCUGGAUUCAGUGAAAUGCCCCAUACAGUAAAUGGAUCUAAGUUUGACUAUGAGAAGUCACUUCCAAGUUAUGAGCAACACCAAAAUAGUAGCAAUGAUGAACAUGACCACUUGGGUCUUGAUGUGCUUGACACGUCUUUCCUGCCAUUAAGCCCAAGCCAUGAUAGUUUUGCUCCGUCUUCAACUGUGAGCUAUGAAUCGGUAUCUCCAGAUGAUCAAGAGUCUGAUCCAGUGCUGAAAUUCCUUAACCAGAUACUGCUUGAAGAGAAUAUGGAUGAGAAGCCUAGCAUGUUCCACGACCCGCUUGCCCUACAGGCUGCUGAGAAAUCUUUGUAUGAAGUUAUCGGUAAGAAAUAUCCACCUUCACCUUACCAUCAGGUAAAUUAUGGCCACCAACCUUCGGGUAGCCCUGAUAGCAUUAGUGGUGGGCUAAGUGAGUACACGAGCAGCAGUAAUGGAGGUAGUAGUUCAAUCGAUCCUCAUUGUGUUAUUGAUCCAGGUGAACAUAAUUUAUCCGUGGAGCAACCAAGUCAUCUGGAUGGCAUUUUUCCCAAUUCAUUACUGCAGGUAAAUAAUAUUUCACCAUCGUUGUUCGGUUCUGUCAAUGUCUCCAAUGACAAAGCCGAUGCCCACUUGAACUCCCAAUUCAUCUUGCAGUUUAAGAGAGGGAUGGAAGAAGCCAGUAAGUUCCUCCCCACCAGGAACCCACUGUUGAUAGAUUUGAAUAAGUACGAGUUACCUCAGAAAUUAGAAGACAUAAAUCCCCCUCCUUUUACGGAAACCAAGUCAGAGAAAGAAGAAGCCAAAGAUUCUUCUGUUAAUAACCGCUCAAAGGGAAAGAAGCAUCACUAUCCAGAUGAUGGUGAUUCGGAGGGCUUGGAAAGAAUCAAUAAACUAUCCGCCACUUACACCGAUGAAACUGAGCUGUCUGAAAUGUUUGACCGAGUCCUCCUAUGCACUGGUCCAGACGGACAGAACAGUUGUGAUGAUAACAACAGUGGAUCAGAAACUAUUUCGGCGCAAAGAGUAAUGCCGAGGAUAAAAAAUGUGAGCAAGGAGGAUGAUUCUGUUGACCUCCAGACCUUAUUGACCAGCUGUUGCCAAUCUGUUGCGAGCGAUGAUCUUGCGACUGCAUACGAACAAUUGAGGCAGAUUGGAAAACAUUCCUCCCCCACUGGUGAUGUGUACCAGAGGUUGGCUUACGUUUUUGCCAGUGGUCUUCAGGCACGCCUAGCUGGCACUGGGACCGAGCUUUAUACGUCCCUCACGCGAAGGAACAUUACAGCUGCCCAAAAGCUGGAGGCCUACCAGGUUUAUCUCUCUGUCUGCCCAUUCAAGAAGAUGUCGAUUUUCUUUGCGAUCAAGAUGAUUGCGUCGGUAUCAGAAAAGGAGACUCAUACUACACUCCAUAUUAUAGAUUUCGGCAUUCUCUACGGCUUCCAGUGGCCUGUUCUCAUUCAGCUUCUCUCACAGAGGCCUGGUGGGCCCCCAAAACUGCGCAUUACAGGGAUUGAGAUUCCACAGCCGGGUUUCAGGCCAGCUGAGAGAGUGGAAGAGACUGGGGUGCGGCUGGCGAGGUACUGCCAACAUUUUGGCGUGCCGUUUGAGUACCAAGCCGUAGCAUCUCAGAACUGGGAAACUCUUAAGGUCGAGGACUUGAAGAUUGUGAGUGGUGAGUUGCUGGCCGUGAAUUGUCUGUUUCGAUUUGGUAGAUUGCUUGAUGAGACGGUUGUGGCUGACAGCCCUAGAGAUUUGGUUCUGAGAUUGGUAAGAAGUAUGAAACCGGCUAUAUUUGUGCAUGCCGUCACCAGUGGAUCAUAUAGUGUGCCCUUCUUUGUGACUCGUUUCCGGGAGGCUCUUUUCCACUAUUCAGCGCUGUUUGAUAUGUUUGAUGCCACUCUGCCUCGUGACCAUCCGCAGAGAAUGGUGUUUGAGCAGGAGUUUUAUGGGCCGGAGGUGAUUAACGUUAUUGCAUGCGAGGGAAUGGAAAGGGUCGAGAGACCCGAGACGUACAAGCAGUGGCACUUUCGACAUAUGAGGGCUGGCUUCAAACCGUUCCCCUUGAAUCCAGAGAUUAUGGAAAAACUAAAGCAUAAGAAGGCCAUGGCUGGAUACCACAAAGACUUUCUGUUUGGUGAAGAUGGUCAUUGGAUGAUUCAGGGAUGGAAAGGCCGGAUUUUAUAUGCUAGCUCGUGUUGGAUACCAGCAGCUCCCUUCUGGACUAAACCACCGUCCUAUGUGACUUCGAAGGAUCUCAAGUGGUGGCUUUUGAUGGCUUUCGAUUUAUACAUAUUUGAUGGAUCUCAAUUGGGGGCUUUUGAUAGACGAGCCGGGUCGCAAGCUUUGAAGGAUCUCAAGUGGGGGCUUAUCUGUCCGGGUUGCAUGCUUUGAGGGAUCUCAAGUGGGGGCUUUCGAUAGAUGAGUCACCACGCAAGCUAGGCAUGACAACUCUGACAAGAUGAAGGAAAUCAUACCUUAAUAGUUAUCAAUCUUCACUAAGGUUUCCAGGAAAUUGUGCACCACAAAUAGGAACUAAUAAAGAGACCCGCGAUUCCGUAGAAAGACAUCACGAUCCCUUGCGGAUCGUAAAAGUCCACUUUUCUAGGAUCUUUUCCUUCUUUUCAGGAUCGCGCUCAAGAUCAACAAGAAACCAGAAAUCUCUUCUUCUCUUGUGCUGAGAUAACUAAGGUGAAUUUAUCCAAUGGAAACAUCCCAGAUGACCGUAGUUAGGGAAAAGACCCUACUUUGGCAAAAGAAAUACAAGUUCUUGGGUCAUUUUAAUGGAAAGGAAUAAUACAUCACAUAGCAUUAGCAAUAAAGAGCUCAAGAAUAUUCUCUCUAAUUUGACAACGAAGCGUUGGGUGUAAGACAUUUUACGUAUAACCGAUAGGUCAUGGGUUCG